GUUUGACUUCGUAGAUUAGGCAACGCGGCACGUCAUCCUCCAGCGUUUUGUCCUCGGUCCUCGUCUUCAACGGCAACCGUUCGAAGUUUGAACGCUCGACCAACUUCAACUCGUUUCCCACUCGAUCUUCGUUUUCGUUUCACUAGGAGACGAAGGUUCAUCUUGCGACUAUUUAAUAAAACCAGUUGUGUAGUCGGUUUCGCAACGGUUUUUUCGCCGGUACUUUUCGAUUUUUCGGCCGUUUUCGGUGAUAUUUGCGAAUUAUUUUUCGCACGUUUUCUUUUCGUUAAGAACGUUGAUAUUUGUACGGAUAAAUUGGAAUAUACGACAAAAUGGUGUCCAGUAAAUUGAUGAAUGUCAGGGUGACCACCAUGGAUGCCGAACUGGAGUUCGCCAUCCAGCAAACGACGUCGGGUAAGCAACUCUACGAUCAGGUGGUGAAGACUAUCGGUCUUCGAGAGGUGUGGUUCUUCGGUUUGCAGUACACCGACUCCAAGGGCGACCUCACGUGGAUCAAACUCUACAGAAAGGUGAUGAGCCAAGACGUGAAGAAGGAAAACCCCCUGCAAUUCAAAUUUCGCGCCAAAUUCUACCCCGAAGACGUGGCCGAAGAAUUGAUCCAAGACAUAACACUGAGAUUGUUCUACCUGCAAGUGAAAAACGCCAUAUUGUCCGACGAGAUCUAUUGCCCGCCCGAAACCUCCGUCUUGCUGGCCUCGUACGCGGUGCAAGCGAGGCACGGCGACUACCUGAAACACUUGCACAACCAGGGCUUCUUGGCCAACGACAGAUUGCUGCCUCAAAGGGUGAUGGACCAACACAAGAUGUCGAAGGACGAAUGGGAGAACAGCAUAAUGACCUGGUGGAAGGAGCACAAGGGAAUGCUCAGGGAGGACGCGAUGAUGGAGUACCUGAAAAUCGCCCAGGACCUCGAAAUGUACGGCGUCAAUUAUUUCGAAAUUCGAAACAAGAAAGGCACCGAACUCUACUUAGGCGUCGACGCGCUAGGCUUGAACAUCUACGAAAAAGACGACCAACUGACGCCGAAGAUCGGUUUCCCUUGGUCGGAGAUCCGCAACAUCUCCUUCAACGAUCGCAAAUUCAUCAUCAAACCCAUCGACAAGAAGGCGCCCGAUUUCGUGUUCUUCGCGCCGCGCGUCCGCAUCAACAAGCGCAUCCUCGCCCUGUGCAUGGGCAACCACGAGCUGUACAUGCGCCGGCGCAAACCCGACAGCAUCGACGUGCAACAGAUGAAGGCGCAGGCGCGCGAAGACAAGCUGGCCAAGCAACAGCAGCGCGAGAAGCUGCAAUUCGAAAUAGCGGCCAGGGAACGGGCCGAGAAGAAACAGCAGGAGUACGAAGACAGGAUUAAAGCGAUGCAAGAGGAGAUGGAACGCAGCCAGGCGAACCUGAUGGAAGCGCAGGAGAUGAUCAGGCGAUUAGAGGAGCAAUUGAAGCAACUCCAAGCGGCGAAGGACGAGCUGGAGAAGCGACAGAACGAGCUGCAGGCGAUGAUGGAGCGAUUGGAGGAGAGCAAGAACAUGGAGGCGGCCGAGCGACAGAAAUUGGAGGACGAGAUCAUGGCCAAACAGCACGAAGUCCAACGCAUCAAGGAAGAGGUCGAGGCGAAAGACAGCGAAACGAAGCGACUCCAGGAGGAGGUGGAGAGCGCCAGGCGCAAGGAGGAGGAAUGGAGGCAACAGCAAUUGGCGAACGCCGCCAAGGGCCAUCUGGAGGAGAACGAUCACAACGAGGACGACGAAAUGGUGAACGGCGACGUCAGCCAAGAGCUCAACACCGACGAGAACAUCGUCGAUCCGAUCGAAGAUAGACGGACGUUGGCCGAGCGCAACGAACGUCUGCAAGAUCAGUUACAGGCGCUGAAGAAGGACCUGGCCCAGUCGCGGGACGAGACCAAGGAGACGGCCAUGGACAGGAUCCACAGGGAGAAUGUGCGCCAGGGCAGGGACAAGUACAAGACGCUGCGCGAGAUCCGCAAGGGCAACACCAAGCGUCGCGUCGAUCAAUUCGAGAACAUGUAAACGUAAAAGUCCUACCGAUAAAGCGAAACUGCGAAGAAAAGAAGAAGAUAAAAACCGGAAAGUCACGUUAGGAAAUUUGAAAGGUUUCUCCGAAACGAUUGAGAGAAGGUAUAUUUUUAUAAUAAACAAAACAAAAAAACAAUUUGCGAUUUCCAACUUAAUGAGCUUCUUCUUUUUUUGCGUUUUUAUUUCUCUUAUUUUUCCUUGAUUUUUGGUUCGUAUUUAAAGUAACUGCUAAAAAAAACACCUUCAAAAUGCUCAAAUCAAAAAUUUCCAAUAACUCUUGAUUUUUUUUCGGUUCAGUUUUUUUUUAUUUUUCUAUUUUUUAUGUUUUAUUAUUAUUUUGUUCUUUAUAACUCAUAAAAUAAGUCCAAGUAUAUUCGUUUUAAUUUUAUUUUUAUUUUAUUUAUGUGUAUUAUUAUUUUCGGACUCUAAAACAACAAAGUGGCCUUAGACAUUAACAAUUAACAAUUUCGACUUUUUUUUGAAAGUAACGCGAAAAGUCAAUUGAAAUCAAAAUCAAAAAAACCAAUCGAAAAAUUAAGAUCUGCAAUGCAUAUUUUUAUAUAUUUUUUGUAUACAAAGAUACAAAUUCAUUCCCCCCGCCUAUUCAAGUAACUUCCUGCUUUAUUACUAGUUUUUUUAAUAAAUUUAGUGCCAUUAGGUGAUCAAGAUAUAAAAAAUUCACUUCUUUCCCGUAUCUUUAAUAAACAAAUAA